AUGAGGAGAGCAGAGGGUUUGGACUCGAGCUUUGAGAAGCUGGUGGUGUUUGGUGGUGCGGAGGUUCUGAAUCGAGCUGAUAACGGCGGCGGCGGCGAAAUCGGAGGGCUGAGGAUGAGCGAGUGGAAAGAUAUUCCGGUGGAGCUGCUGCUGAGGAUUUUGGCACUUGUGGAUGAUCGGACGGUUGUCGUGGCAUCUGGGGUUUGCCAUGGAUGGAGGGACGCCAUUUCUUGGGGGCUUAUUCAUCUUUCUCUCUCUUGGUGCAAGAAAAACAUGAAUAAUCUGGUCCUCUCGCUAGUGCCAAAGUUCACGAAGCUUCGUGUUCUGAUACUGAGGCAAGACACACCUCAACUGCAAGAUGACGCAAUUGAAAUAAUCGCGGCUCACUGCCAUGACCUUCAAGAAUUGGAUCUCAGUAAAAGCUUUCGGCUUACUGAUCGGUCCUUGUAUGCCUUGGCACGUGGCUGCCAGGAUCUCGUUAAGCUCAACAUUAGCGGUUGUACGUCAUUUACUGAUACUGCCGUGGGUUAUUUGACGGGCUUCUGUCGAAAUUUAAAAUUCUUGAAUCUCUGUAGCUGUGUGAGGGCAGCUACUGAUAGGGCAUUGAAGGCAAUUGGGUACAACUGUGGUAAGCUCCAGUCGUUGAAUCUCGGGUGGUGUGAUCGUGUUGGAGACGAAGGUGUUAAGAGCUUAGCCUAUGGCUGCCCUGAUCUUCGAGCUCUCGACUUAUGCGGUUGUGUUCUUAUUACAGACGAGAGCGUGAUUGCAUUGGCAAACAACUGCCACCACUUGAGGUCGCUCGGCCUCUACUACUGUCAAAACAUAACCGACCGGGCCAUGUACUCUCUGGCCCACAGCCCGAUGAAGAACAAGCAUCGGGUUUGGGCCUCGGUUAACCGGGCCAGGUAUGAAGAGGAGGGCCUCACAAAUCUCAACAUCAGCCAAUGUACGGCCCUGACACCGCCAGCUGUGCAGGCGGUGUGCGACUCGUUUCCGGCACUCCACACGUGCCCCGGCCGCCACUCGCUCAUCAUCAGCGGCUGCUUGAACCUGACGUCGGUCCACUGCGCGUGCGCAGUCCAGGCCCACCGUGCGACUGCAGCCAUGCCUCGACUGGCCCACUAA